AUGUGGAGGUUAACGUGUGUCAGUUUGGUGUGUCUCUUAUCUGUUCAAGGUUCACUUUCUCAGUUGAAUGUUUGUGGACAAGCCCCUCUAAACACCCGUAUUGUGGGUGGUGUGGAUGCCCCUGAAGGGUCGUGGCCGUGGCAGGUCAGUCUGCACAGCAUUACCUAUGGAGGUCAUUUUUGCGGAGGCUCCCUCAUCAACAGUGAAUGGGUGCUGACGGCAGCUCACUGUUUACCUGGUGUCAGUGCAUCCAGCCUCCGUGUGUACUUGGGAAGGAGGACACAACAAGGAGUCAAUGCCAAUGAAAUCAGUAGAAAUGUCAUCAAAAUUAUUGUUCACUCCUCCUACAACAGCAACACACAUGACAAUGAUAUCGCUCUGCUGCGCCUGUCCUCUGCAGUUACCUUUAAUGACUACAUUAGACCCGUGUGUCUGGCAGCCCUGAACAGCAGCUUCCCUUCUGGCACCAGCAGCUGGAUCACAGGCUGGGGAGAUGUUCAGUCUGGAGUGAGCCUACCUGCUCCUGGGACUCUGCAGGAGACUAUGGUUCCAGUGGUGGCUAAUACUCAGUGUGAUACUCUGCUGGGUUCUGGAUCUGUUACCAACAACAUGAUCUGUGCCGGUUUAUUGGAGGGAGGCAAAGACACCUGCCAGGGUGACUCUGGAGGUCCAAUGGUCAGCAAGCAAUGUUUGGUGUGGGUUCAGUCUGGUAUCACCAGCUGGGGUUAUGGCUGUGCCGAUCCCAAUGCACCUGGUGUUUACACACGCGUUUCGCAGUAUCAGAGUUGGAUCACCACUGCCAUUGUCCAGAAUCUCCCAGGAUUCGUCGUCUUCAACCCUACAAGCACAUGCCAAUCUGUUUCUACGACCUCAAACUCUUGUCAAGGGAGAUGUGGUGAGAGAUUUGACAUCCGUAACCGCUGCAACUGCAAUCAUCUCUGUAGCAGAAACUGCUGUUGGGAUUAUAGAAAGCGAUGCAGGGAAUAG